AUGAUGAUGGAAAAUAAUAUUGAUUUUAAUAUGAAACAACGACUAGAAGACUUGCAAGUUCAAUUAGCAUUAUCGCAGGAUAAGGUAGCUCGAUUUUUUAUAUUCAAAUAUCCAAUCAAAAAAUAUUUUAGCUGCAAGUCCGAGAAAAUGUGAUUGCACAGCUGGAAGAGGAGAUUCAAGGAAAGAAAAUAUUGAUUUUCGAACAGAAUCAUUUGAUAAGUAUUUUGGAAAGUGAAGCUGCAUCACAACAGCAACAUAUGCAGGCUAUCAAAUGUGAUAAUAAUAACAAAUAUGAUACGGUAGGUUGAUUUUCAUUAAUGGGAAACAUGGAAAAUAUGAAAGUAUAUUUCAAAUGUGUUUUUCAGAAAAUUUAAAAAUAUUUCAAUUAUUAUAUUUUUAUUUCCAUUCCGUUUAAAAAAUUGUUUUUUUCAUUCAUGAUACUGGUUUACGUUAAAAAAUACAUAAAUUUUUUGAAAAUUGACAAAAAAAUUUCGACCACGGCAGGACUCGAACCUGCAAUCCCCAGAUUCGAAGUCUGGUGCCUUAUCCAUUAGGCCACGCGGCCACAUUCUUUUCCAUACAAAAUGUUCGUCACUAGAGCGAUGAAAAAAUAUACAAAAGGAAUAUUUUGUGGAAUACAAUACAUAGAUAGAAUUUUUCAUGAUAAAAUUGAUUUUCCAGUUCAGUAUUCUUGUUCGUUGGCUCUGAGUUUCCAUAACUUAACUUUUCCAACGAUCAAAAAAGUUAUUUCUGAACUCAAAUUUGGUCUUCAAAUUUUUCUCGGUUAAACAAUUUUGAGGUGUUUUACUCGUGAUUUUCCGGUUCAAAUAGUUUUAUCCCAAUUUGCUUUUUUGAUCUCCGGAAAUUUCAAUUUUUCAAAAAAAAAAAUUCGAACAGGGGCCUUUCGGGGCUGUUUAAAGUAAAAAAUAAUUCUGUUUUCAGGAAUCCCUCGCCAGUGAGAGUGAAAUCACAGUAAUCGAACGAGAAAUCGUUGCAUCAAGCAGUUCCACAUCACCAUGCUCUUCUGAAAAAUCAAUGCCAACAAGUAGCAGCGACAUUUUCCGAACUGGAGAAUGCAUAAAGAAUUGUAGAUGCCAACAUAAAUUCGAACAGGUUAGUGGAGCUUUUCUGAAGUUUUGAAUCUUUACAGACAAAUGAACCUUUUUUAAUUUGGUCUAAAUUGGAUCAGUUUCUUAAAUUAUUUGUAAAAAAAUAAAAUUACAGUUUCCAUGUUGGCGUCCGUUAGUAAGUUGAAACAUGCAAACCCUUAGCUAAUCCUGAAACUGAUAAACUCCGCUUCAAAAAACCAUUUUCCAAAAUCACCAUGUUUUCAAUCUGAAAAAUACAUUUAUUCCAGGCGAUGGUUGAGCGAGAACGACUGGAGCUGCAAAAUGAACAAUUAUUGAAACAAUGGGAGGAAGCUCUUGAAUAUGUGUCAAGUGUAAGAAUUUCUUUUAGAAAAUUUGAUCUCAGAAGUAUGAUUUUGAAGUAAAUAUCAAAAAAAAACUUUCAGGUCCAAAGGCAACUUCAAGAAGAAAUUACUCGAAAUACAACUCUGAAACAUCAAAUGAAUGAAAGAGAACGAAAUGAUAUUGUUGAGAUUCCGAGAAAUGUGAUGAACCUCAUUGCUUUCAUUGUUGUGAUUAUUGGAUUUGUCCUUUACCGUUUGUAA